GGCCUCAUCUUGUUUCAACAUGGCCUCCUGGUCGUCGUGAUCAUUGAGAGAUCGCAGUCCCUUCAUCUUUUUAGCAGACAAACGAGCGAAUAGGCCAUAAGAGAACGGAAACUGUUGUCUAUUGGGCCUUUUCCAAUCUCCAUCCGUAGCAGCAUACAAUCAAGCAGCGCAGCAACUCCAGAUUCCAGCGAAGCAGACGCAACCAGAACCACCAUUGCAGCUCCGUCUCCAGCACAGAGAUUCUCACCAGCAGCAGGCGCAUCUUAGAAACGAAAUAAGCAGAAUCAGCGAAGAAAAUCAGAUUUGAACGAAAAAACCGCGGUAAACAGGGGAAGGACUAGAUCAGACCCUAAGAUAUGGUGCAGUACAAUUUUAAAAAGAUCACCAUUGUGCCCAACGGGAAAGACUUUGUGGAUAUCAUUCUCUCACGCACACAAAGGCAGACACCCACUGUUGUUCACAAGGGUUAUGCAAUAUCCCAUAUCCGUCAGUUUUAUAUGCGCAAAGUGAAAUAUACUCAAACAAAUUUCCACGAAAAGCUUUCUAUCAUUAUCAAUGAGUUCCCAAGGCUUGAUGAUAUCCACCCUUUUUAUGGGGAUCUGCUUCAUGUCCUCUAUAACAAAGACCAUUACAAGCUUGCCCUUGGGCAAAUAAACACUGCAAGGAAUUUGAUUUCUAAAAUUGCUAAGGAUUACUUGAAAAUGUUGAAGUAUGGUGAUUCGCUGUACCGUUGCAAGUCUUUGAAGAUUGCUGCUCUGGGACGCAUGUGUACUGUGAUAAAGCGAAUCACGCCCAGUUUAGCUUAUCUUGAGCAGAUCAGGCAGCACAUGUCAAGAUUGCCUUCGAUUGAUCCAAACACAAGGACACUUGAUUUGUGGGUACCCAAAUGUUGGUAAGAGCUCUUUCAUUAACAAAAUCACAAGAGCAGAUGUGGAUGUUCAGCCCUAUGCAUUCACCACAAAGUCCUUGUUUGUCGGUCACACUGACUACAAAUACUUGAGGUAUCAAGUCAUUGACACUCCAGGAAUAUUGGACAGGCCGUUUGAAGAUCGUAAUAUUAUUGAAAUGUGCAGUAUUACAGCACUGGCUCAUCUUAGAGCUGCCAUCUUGUUUUUCAUUGACAUUUCUGGAUCAUGUGGUUACACUAUUGAACAGCAAGCUGCUUUGUUCCACAGCAUAAAGUCCCUCUUUUUGAACAAACCAUUGGUCAUAGUUUGCAACAAAACUGAUUUGCAGCCUUUAGAAGGGAUAUCCGAGGAAGACAAGAGGUUGGUCAUGCAGAUGAAAGAAGAAGCUAUGAAGACUGUGAUCGGACAAGGUGGGGAGCCCACAGAUGAUCAAGGAGUGCUUUUGACCAUGAGCGCUUUGACGGAAGAAGGCGUGAUUUCGGUGAAGAACGCUGCUUGUGAGAGGCUGUUGAACCAAAGGGUUGGAGUCAAGAUGAAAUCAAAGAAGUUAAACGACUGCUUAAACCGUUUUCAUGUUGUGAUGCUGAAACCUCGUGACCAAAAAGAAAGGCCUUCAUGUAUACCUAAGUCAGUGCUGGAAGCCAGAGCUAAGGAAGCAGAGGAAGUUGCAGAGACAGAGAAGAGGAAACUUGAAAGAGAUCAUGAGGCUGAGAAUGGAGGUGCGGGUGUGUACUCGGCCAAAUUGAGUAAGCACUACAUUUUGGCUGAUGAGUCCUGGUAAGAUGAUAUAAUGCCGGAGAUUCUUGAUGGUCACAAUGUGUAUGACUUCAUCGAUCCCGAUCUUGUGCUAAGGCUCGAGGAAUUGGAAAAAGAAGAAGGGCUUCUGCAGGAGCAAGGAGGUGAUGAUGAGUUUGAGAUGGAUGGUGGGCCCGAGCUGACACCUGAUGAAAAAACUGCACUGGCUGAGAUCAGGAAGAAGAAGAGCUUGCUGAUCCAACAGCACCGGAUUAAGAAGAGUACGGCAGAGAGUCGACCAAUAGUACCAAGGAAAUUUGACAAGGACAAAAAGUUCACAUCAGAGAGAAUGGGAAGGCAGUUGUCUAACCUGGGACUUGAUCCUACCUUUGCAAUCAACAGGGCUCGUAGUAAAUCAAGGUGCCGAAAGAGGGAACAAUCAGUUGUUGGGAUGGAUAACUCGAUGGAUGUGGAUGGUGAUGAGGAGACUCCAAAGAAGAAGCUGAGGGUGAUUUCAUCUAGAUCCAGGUCAAGGUCAAAGUCCAGGCCUCCAAGUGAAGUGGUUCUUGGGGAGGGCUUCAAAGACUCUGCACAAAAGAGUAAGGCUAUUAUUUUGGCUAAGAAAUAUUCGAAGAAGAGGAACAAGGAUGCUUGCCGUGGAGAAGCUGAUCAGACCAUUCCUAAUCUGAGACCAAAGCACUUGUUAUCUGGAAAGCGUUCUAUUGGAAAAACACAGGCGUUAAGCGCAGCAGUGGAAUUCGGGUACCUGAGGCAAUGAGUACUCCGUAUUUUUUUGGGCAAUUAUUGGGCCGUGGAGUGUUGGGCUCGGUGUUGAGUCCAAAAUAUUCACUCAUUAUUCUCUAUCAAAUCAGUAUUUUUGGGCAUUAAAAAGUGCAUUUUUACACUUAAAUGAUCAUUUUUGCAUUCUAGGCAUAGUUUUUAAAAUAUGUUCAUAAUGCACACUUUUCAGUUUAUUUUUGAAUAUCAUUGUUGUGGAUCCAAAUUCUCCUUGACAAAGGUUAUUAUUAGAUAUAUUUUUGGAGCAUGAAGUGCGGGCUGAAAAUGUGAAAGCAAUCCGGGCCCAAUAUGACAAAGCCCAAAGGUCCACCUCCAAUACACACAAGAAGUUUGAGAGAAGCUGCGUAAAAAAGGAGAAAAAGAGAGAGAGACGUGUGAGAUAGAAGAGCCGAAGACUCCCUCUCCUACAUUGGGUCGGCCUCUUCAAGCAUAGCUGGAGCCGGAGAAUCCGCAGCAAGAAUUGCAGCGGAAGUCCUAACCCUAGACGGAAGAAGCAAUUCUCGCACCUAUAAAUCGAGGGAGGCGCUGCGAAGAACACCACCACCACCUUCAAGAACAAAAAUCAAAGCUACGAUCAAAGGCUAUCUGAUAUUUGCAUGCGCUUGAGGAGUGGAAGAGUAAUUGGUGAUAUAGAGGUAAACGGUAGCAACUCUGAGGGCUACUUCCUACUGGACACUGGAUGGGAAUCAAACAUGGGAUCAAGU